UUUGGUCAAAACUAUCCUUUUAAUUUCUUUCCUCAGUUUUUGUUGUAGAAUUGUAGAUCUGUUGCAGUAACUCAGCUGCCAAAUUCACAUCAUGGCAGAAUUGCUGCUGGACCCUAAUAUUCGAGGAUGGGUGUUCCUCCCAAUAGUUGUAAUCACGUUCCUCGUGGGAAUAAUUAGACAUUAUGUAUCUAUUUUACUGGCUUCACAGAAAAAAGUGGAGAUUCAUCAGGUGCAAGACAGCCAGGUGAUGAUUCGCUCGAGAUUACUCAGGGAAAAUGGCCAGUACAUUCCAAAGUCAGCAUUUCUAAUCAGACGUCACUUUUUCAAUAACGAGGAGACAGGUUACUUCAAGACACAGAAACGGGCACCUGCAUCACAAAAUCCAAUGACAGAUCCCAGCAUGAUGACUGAUAUGCUCAAGGGAAAUGUUACGAAUGUUCUCCCAAUGGUUCUUAUUGGGGGCUGGAUCAAUUGGAUGUUCUCUGGAUUUGUUACGACGAAAGUGCCAUUUCCGCUGACCCUGAGGUUUAAGCCAAUGCUCCAGAGGGGCAUCGAGCUCCAAACCCUCGAUGCAGCCUGGGUGUCGUCAGCCUCAUGGUAUUUCCUCAAUGUGUUUGGCCUCAGGUCGAUCUACACAUUAGUUCUCGGUGAGAACAAUGCAGCUGACACCUCACGUCUGCUUCAAGAUCAAGUAUCAGGUGCCGCAAUGUCGAUGCCACCAGACCCCAAAGCUGCCUUCAAGGCCGAGUGGGAGGCCCUCGAAAUCUGCGAGCACAAUUGGGCCCUCACUGCAGUCGACCUCGAACUCUCUGGUGUUAAGUCCAGAGGGGAAUUGAGUGACAAUCUUUACCACCAAAGCAAGGUCAAUUGACCCUGUCGUUAUCACUA